CGUGGAGACGCGGGCCGCCACCAUGCCCGACUCGCCGACCGACGUGAAGACGCAGUCCAGGUCCACGCCGCCCAGCAUGCCUCCGCCGCCGCCAGCCAUCACGCAGGGAGCCACGCGCCACCCCUCCUUCACGCCAAACACCAAUCGUGACGCUGGCCCUCCGACGUUUCUGCCUCGCGGCCGUUUUCAUGGUUGCUUGAAAUGGUCGAUGGUCUGUCUUUUGAUGAACGGGAGCAGCCACUCGCCGACCGCCAUCAAUGGGGCCCCGUCCACCCCCAACGGGUUCAGCAACGGGCCGGCCACCUCCUCCACCGCCUCCCUCUCCACCCACCAGCUCCCGCCGGCCUGCGGCGCCCGCCAGCUCUCCAAGCUCAAGCGCUUCCUCACCACGCUGCAGCAGUUCGGCAAUGACAUCUCCCCCGAGAUCGGGGAGCGGGUGCGCACCCUCGUCCUGGGGCUCGUGAACUCCACGCUCACCAUCGAGGAGUUUCACGCCAAGCUCCAGGAGGCCACCAACUUCCCGCUGCGACCCUUCGUCAUCCCCUUCCUCAAGGCCAACCUGCCGCUGCUGCAGCGGGAGCUGCUGCACUGCGCCCGCAUGGCCAAGCAGACCCCGGCCCAGUACCUGGCCCAGCACGAGCAGCUGCUGUUGGACGCCAACGCCUCCUCUCCCAUCGACUCCUCCGAGCUGCUCCUGGAGGUGGGCGAAGGGGGGGGCGCCGGGAGGGGGGGGCCACCCAGGACCAAAGAGAACGGUUUGGACCGAGACCCUCUGCACCCCGAGCACCUCAGCAAGCGGCCGUGCACCAUGAGCCCGGCGCAGCGCUACAGCCCCCGCCACGGGCUGAGCCACCCGCCCAAUGGGCUGGGGCACCCCCCCGCCGCCCCCCCCCUGCCCCAGCACUACCGCCUGGAGGACAUGGCCAUGCUGCUGAACUGCAUCAUGGACAUGGUGGAGAAGACGCGCCGGUCGCUGACGGUGCUGCGGCGGUGCCAGGAGGCCGACCGUGAGGAGCUCAACCACUGGAUCCGGCGCUACAGUGAUGCCGAGGACAUGAAGAAAGGCAGCCCCCCCUCCGCCCGCCCCCACAACAGCUCCUCUGCCUCCGAGGCACCCCAGUUAGACGCUCACCGGGAGUUCGCGCCGCGGCCCCUCUCCGGGUACAUGCCGGAGGAGAUCUGGAGGAAGGCUGAAGAAGCUGUGAACGAGGUGAAGCGUCAGGCCAUGUCCGAGCUGCAGAAGGCCGUGUCGGACGCCGAGCGGAAAGCCCACGAGCUGAUCACGACAGAGCGAGCCAAGAUGGAGCGAGCCCUGGCCGAGGCCAAGCGCCAGGCUUCGGAGGACGCCCUGACCGUCAUCAAUCAGCAGGAGGACUCGAGCGAGAGCUGCUGGAACUGCGGGCGCAAAGCAAGCGAGACCUGCAGCGGCUGCAACACCGCCCGCUACUGCGGCUCCUUCUGCCAGCACCGGCGGCAGCACUCUCCAGGGCCUGCCGGCCCCCACCGCCCCCGCCGCCGGCGUGGGGCUGCCGCCGGGCCCGAACCAGCCCGACGGGUGUACUGUAUGUUUGACCUGUGA